AUGGAACAAAAAAUUAAAUCAAUCAUACGUAUUAAAAUUGCUUUGUUUAUCCUCUUAACGUGGAUAUGCUAUUUUAACUAUGUCAGGAGCACUUUUAAUACAUUCUCAGACAAUAAGUGCAUACAUAAUACAAAAUUAAUUAUAUUUAAUUAUCGAAUACUAGGAAAAUAUAAAAAUGAUAAUGAUUCGCAAAUUGUGGGGUUAAAAGAAAACACAUCAAUCAAUGCAGAAUACGGAAAAAAAUAUAUGUUUAAGAAGAAAAAUGGGAGCAAACGAAAAAACGAAAAAUCUAAUAGAAAAUUAUUAAAUAAGGCUCAUUAUUAUACCGAAGUUAUAGAUUAUAAUAAUGGAAUAUUUGAUGGGAAAAAUUUCCAUUUUGAAAAAAAAUGGUUAAGGAAAAAAGAUUAUGAUGAUUCUCUAGAAAAACAAAGGAGAAUUGCUCAUAUAUCUUUAAAAAAAAUAAAAUUUAGAAGUUACGGAUUUGCAGUUGUUAUAUUUUUUCUUUUUUUCUUGUUUGGAAUAGGAAUGCCCAUAUUACAUGGGUUAGGGCCCUUGAAAGAUAUGUUGGAAUCUGUAGAAAAAUUAAUAGUUGAUAAAAAACAUUACUUUUAUCUAAUGUUAUUUGCUUCAAUUAUUAUAGUGUUAGGGGUAACACUUAUAAUGACGAUUCCUAAGAUCUUAAGAAAUAAUGAAAAAUAUAGAAGAAUUAAGUUAAUGAAUGAGUAA